GAGUUCAACAGACAAAGGGUUUUUGAUGUAAAACAGCUGGGUUUAAACGGACUCAGACCUUCUUUGAGAUCCAACAAAAUCAUCAGGGCCAUCUGUUAUUGGGAGAGGGUGUGCAACCCUUGUGGAAGGGUUGGAAAGACUUUGGGCUAUUCAGCUCCAUAAGACUGCUGGGAAACCUGCAAAAGGAUGCAGCACUGCCCCUAAAACAGCACUUGAACUGAAGCCCAUCAGUCGUGCCUCCCAUUCAAAUCCUUCCCAGGUCACUGAGUUGAGAAUAAUGAUGCCUUUGGGACACUUAGCCAAAGGUGCCAGCCUGGAGAACCUUCUUGAAACCUGCCUUCAGUCUUUUGAUUCAGAGGGAAACCUGUGUCAAAACAAUCAGCUGCUACAGAUAACACUGACCAUGCACAGAAUUAUCAUCCCUUCUGAAGAUGUACUCCGAAAACUAAUUGGUCUAUAUCUGGAUGCUUUAGAAAAGAAAUCAUCCGUGCUUUGUGUAAAGAUAUGCUAUUUCAUCAGGUAUUGGAUAACAGAGUUCUGGAUCAUGUUCAAAAUGGAUUCUAGUCUAACUAAAACCAUGGAGGAAUUUCAGAAAUUGGUGAGAGUUAAUGGUGAGGAGUUACACUGUCAUCUAAUUGACACAACUCAAAUGUGAGUGUCAACGUUUUAAUAUGUUUGGAAAACAAAACAAUAUUGCCAUCUCACAUCCCUAAAAUGAUAGCAAUCAAUCUCCAACAUCUAGACAAGGAAUAUUUCCAUGUGCCCUAUAUUAACAAUGUACAAAAAAAAUCUGUUUACUAAGGGUGAUGUUUACCUUGUGCAGAGAUCCAGCAUGUGAUAAUUUAAGUCCCAUUAGUGCUCUCAAAAUAUGUCUUAAGUUUAAC